UCACAGGGAAGCUAGUGAAGGGGCUGAAACUAUCCAACCUGAAACACAACUUUUUCCCUGAUCGGGUGUAAAGUCCUGUGCGUGUGUGUAUGAAAUCACAUGGCGUUUUAAGAAUGCUGCAAAGAUGGCGGUAGCGUCGGUGCUUUGUGGUAAAAGAGUGCAGAAAAGUACGUGUUUGGAGGUGCUGGUACGGGAGCGAUGGCACGCGGUGCUCGCGAAUUUAAGCGACGAGUUGUUGACGCUCACCUACGAGGAGUCCGCGGGAGACACGAGCGUCAACCUGAACGGCAUCACCACCAACGGCUCGUACGAGCUCGAGGAACCCACGAACAGUCCUAAAUCCGGAAUUAGGACUGCUUGCACGGAUUCACAAGUGCCCGAAGCGAUUGCGAACCGUAAAAGAUUUGUGAAAGUUAUCAAACAAGAGGUCGGGGGGCUUGGGAUCAGCAUCAAAGGUGGAAGGGAGAACAAGAUGCCUAUUCUUAUUAGUAAAAUAUUCAAGGGUCUGGCUGCCGAUCAGACUCAAGCGCUUUAUGUGGGAGACGCGAUACUGUCCGUGAACGGGAUCAAUCUGCGGGACGCCACGCACGACGAGGCGGUGCAGGUGCUAAAGAAAGCGGGCAGAGAAGUUGCGCUGGAAGUGAAGUAUAUGCGGGAAGCCACCCCAUAUGUGACAAAAGGGUCACCAGUGUCUGAGAUCAGCUGGGAGAUGCCCCCGCCUGAGUCUCCACGUCUCGGCAGUCCUCUCUCCGAUAUCCCCAGCUCCCCCUCUCUGUCCUUACAGGGUGACCGCAGAUACAUCUCCCUUAAAAUGUGCUAUGUUACUCGCAGUAUGACCACCCCUGACCCAGAAAACAGGCAGUUGGAGCUGCACUCCCCUGACGCUAAGCACACAAUAGUAAUGCGGUUUAAAGACACAGUAUCUGCUCAGACCUGGUUCACUCUCAUGCAAUCCACCAUCACAAACCUCACCAGCAAGGUCAUGGGCGAACUCCACGAACAUGGGAGUCAAGAGAUACGACAUCUCGGCUGGCUGGCAGAAAAGACGGAAAGUGAGAGGCAGUGCUGGAAGCCGGUGCUCAUGGUGUUGACUGAGAAAGACCUGCUGCUGUUUGACAGUUUGCCACGCAUGAGAGAACACUGGCUCAGCCCCUCACACACCUACCCUCUGCUCGCCACACGGCUAGUGCACUCUGGCCCAGAUAAGGGUUCACCGCAGCCUGGUGGUGAGUUAUCCUUUGCCACACGGACAGGAACCAGAUUGGGUAUAGAGGCGCACCUCUUCAGGGUAGAGACCUCCAAGGACCUUUCACUCUGGACCAGGCACAUAGUCACUGGCUGUCAUGCAUCUGCCGAGAUGAUUAAAGAAGUCACUACCAGCUGUAUGUAUCAGGGUCAGGACUGUCGGUUGGUCAUUCACUAUGAUCGAGGUUUCUCUGUGAUAGCAGACGGAGAGGACAACACUCUGGCCCAGCCUCUUUUUAGCUACCCAUUCGAAAAGCUGAAGAUGUCUGCUGAUGACGGCGUGCGGAUCCUCUAUUUGGACUUUGGAGGGAAAGAGGGUGAAAUUCAUCUGGACUUGCACUCCUGUCCUAAACCUAUUGUUUUUAUCCUCCACUCCUUCCUAUCUGCCAAGAUAGCAAGACUAGGAUUGGUAGCCUGAGAUCAAAUUUUAUAGACUGAAACAGUGACGUGACCAUUCCAGCAUGGAGAAAGGAGAUCCAGGACAUGGUGGAAUUCACAAGACUGAAAGAGGGCACUGAAGCAGAACUGAUGCUGUAGUAAAUCACGCCUCUUACUGAUUUUAAAUAACAUUUCAGUAAUGAUAAUCUUUAUGUAUUUUCAGAAAAAUUAUAGUGAAAUCAAAUUUCACAUACACUGAUUUUCUAAGAAAAAGGAUCAAACUAUACAAUGAACACUAACUUGUGUUUGGAACUAAAGUAAUACUGGAAGUAUUAUUUUAGAAUCCAAUACAUGCUACAUUUUUUGAUGGCAGCGUAUUCAGCACUUACAAUAAUAUUAACUUUAAUGUAACGUUUAGAGGGAAGGACCCAUCUGUAUGACAGCUGUCUGAGUAAUUAGAUCUGUCUGGGAGUUCACGUGGAUUAAAGAAAGGCUAGUUUUAAACACUGUUAAUGCACAUAAAAGUCAAACAGCCUGAAAACAGUUGUCUUGUUUUGUUUCUGGUGCUUUUACUUGGGAGAUUUGCUACACUGAUAGUUCAGCAGAAUAAACAAGGUCAUUCUAGAGCACUGGUCAUCAAAGAGACAUGUCAACAAACUGUCUGGUUUCACAAGGCCUUUGUGUCAAAAGGGGAAAUUGAGACAGGGUCAGCCCUCCCCUUCAGUAUCAGUGCUGUAUCUGCUUUCACUGGCAAAUGGAGUUUUGAUUACAUUUACAAGCAGUUUUCCUCUAGAAUUUUGCAUCCUGUAGGAACUUCUUAGCUUAAAGGGAUAGUUCACCCAAAACAUGAAUCUUCUCCUAAAUGAUUCAACAUUGCAUGACAUACAGGCAUGUACACAAGCACAUCUACUAUGGUUGAGGCUCAGAUUUGCACUCUAUGGCCUGUAGUCAUAUUUAGCUUCACUGUGCACAAACAAAAGCCUUUCAAUGUCAGUUUAUAAAUUAGAGCACUUGAGAGUUUCCAAGUUAACCAGCAAUUAGUGUGUCCAUUGUCGGGCACUGAGAGUUCCCAGAGCACUGCCUUUUUGUAGGGGCUAUGGAUUUGGGGACAGCAGGGCCCCAGUGGAACAGCCUUUGUCUGGUCUCUAAACUGUCAUUGCCACAUUUCAGCAGGCAUGUCCCAGGAAUGGAGGGAGCUGGGAAUAUGUUGAAUCACUCAAUUCAUGGAUUUUUAUUUAAUUUCCCCCCAAAGUCCACCUAUCUAAACAAUGAUCAUUAUGACAGUUUUUUUACCCCCUCACUGACCUCUAAAAUUAAAUUGGCUGUUUAAGCUGCGGUGACUUCAAGACUUUAUAAAUGCCCUCUUCGCAUGAAAAAUAAGGUUUAGGAAUUUUGUACUUUUGCUAUCACACUACAUUCCAUUUCUUCUAUUCAUAUGCAUUUGAAAAUGGAAGUUAGGAAACCCAAGCUUAUGCAAAGAAAUGUGCCAUUCCAUUGCUUGCCAAAGUUGAAGUUUGUGCUAUCUCUGACCUGUGAAAUCAUAUGACAUGAAGACGUGUGACCAAUAGAAGAUUAAAAUGGAGUUCUUAACAAAAGUUCGGGAGGACCAUGUUCAUUUAAUACAACCAAUCAACACUGGAACAAGUGUAUAUGAACUGCUGCUUACCUCUGUCCUGCGACAGAUCUUCCAGGAUCCCUCCACCAUCCCAACUCCCCCUUCAUGGCUAGUUACCACUAAAUCAGACAAGGAAGUCUGGAGGGUUCCUCGGGUCGAGUCUCGAGUUCAAGCCCUCCAUUAUGGACAGCGAGCCACAAAUGUUUUCCUUCUCUUCAUUUCAAAGAUUAUAUGAACAUGUGAACUCAUGAAAUGUGCUUUUGAUCUCUUGGCUUAAUACAAAGAAACAAUAUGA